AUGGCCCCGAUUUGCGAUGUUGUGGAAGUCCCACUGGGACUCAUUGCAGCUGACUCGGACGCUGCCUAUCCAGGUCCAGCGUUUAUGGCUUCAAGAUCAUUCGCUUCGCGCUUACAUGUACAGGCACAGCUCAGUAGCACUAACAUAGCCCAUCCGGAUCUCGCCAAGCGCGCCGCAUGGCAAAACAAGAGCCACAAGUGUCAGGGUGCCACAUGGUGUGCAUCAGCGUUCGUGUCAUGUCGCUGA